UUGCAGAGGAGUGGAACAAACCAUGGAGGAAGGCAGAACGGGCGAGGACAUCGAAGCUCUGAUUGAGGGCUUCGAGUACAUUCCCGGCCACUUCCAUCUGGAACUGCAUCUGAACUGCGAGCCAAGCGGACCAGCAGAGCUGCGGCAGCGAGACACGCGUCUCAAACAGGACAGCCUGCGUGCCGAGCUGGAGGCCGAGGCAGGGUUCCAGCAAUACGCCGUGCGCAACUUCAUGGGCCUGCUGUCCUUCCACCUGGACAAGCUGGGGGUCGCCGAGGAGACCUUCCGGAGCAUCUGCGAGGAAGACCCAGGAAACCUGAAUGCUUGGGCCAACCUGGGCCACGUCUACGACCAACUGGGGAGGGAAGCCGAGGGGGCCGAGUGCGUGGAGAGGCUCUCGGCGCUCAUGGGGCUCGACCACGGCGAGCUGAGCUCGGGAGAGCCGCGGCUGCUGGCGGCACGCUGCCUGGCCGAGCAGGCCUACGCGCAUCCGUGCGACGUGGAUCUCAACAGCGAUGAGGAUUUGAGGGAGAGGCUGACGGCGGCGCUCACGUUGUACAACAAGGCGCUGCGCUACGGCGGCCAGCUGGUACCCACUGAAGAGAAGAGGAGCUGGUACUUUAAAAUGGCCACGCUGCAUAUAAGGGCAGAGAGCAUGAUGAAGGGGAAGGAGGAUUUGGAGUACACCAGACUGUCCCACUUUAACAAGGCGUUGAAGCUCCUCACGGAAACCAUCAAAUCCGAGAAGAUCCAUGACAAAGCCCUGGCCUGGUGUUACGUGGGGGUCAUGCUGGAAAGGAAGGACGAGUUCUCCAUAGUUCCUAUGUCCGUCCACGACUGCGGCUUCUCUGGAUCAGACCCGCUGUCCUGCUACGGAACAGCUAUCAAGCUUGCCAACGAGGAUGCGUUCAUCCUAAACCGCCUGGCCAGUGUUUUCUUCCUUUUAGGGAAGUAUGAGAUGGCCAUGGGGAUCUGUAACAUGGCCCUGAAUGUACUGCCUGACGCGGAGCUUAACUGGCAAGCUUACUACACCCGUGCCAAGAUCAACCUAACAACAUAUGUGAGAGACCUAGAGAAGGCUAAGCUUGGUCUGGCAGGCAUCCCAGACCGCAGGAACCUGGCAGAGGCCAAGACGGACUUGGAGCGAGUUCUGAGCAUACGCCCGUGUUUGAGGACACACCUCGAGAUGGGCCAGGUGUUUUACUACAUGGGUGUGGACGCCCUGCAGGAGAGCCUGCUGGUGGAUGAGGAGGCGCUCAAUGACGCCCUGGUGAGUCUGUCGCAGGCGUUGCAAUGUGAGCCCGGCGACAGCCUCCCGGAGCUGCAGCUGCUGCGCGGCCGCUGCCUCCUGCUGAAGGGAGAGGAACGCAACGCCGCAGAGUGCUUCAAGCGGGCCCUGGAGUUGGAGCCGCUGGGCAGCAGGGACACAACCGCUCUGCACUGUCUCCUGGAGACCCUACUGGCCCUCUUUGCGCAGAGUGGCCCCGACCCCGGGCCCGCCCUUACGCAGCUGGAGGUGUGGGUGCGACGAGCCGAGGAGAGGCACCCCCCCGAGGUGGUGCAGGCGGAGAUCCGAGCGCUUUGCCGCACCCGCACCGAGGAAGUGGCAGAGCUGUCCCGUGCGCUUAUCCGCUCGGGCCGACUAGACCUCGUGCGACUCCUGCUGUCAACGGUGCAGCCCAGCCGGCCGACCACGAAGCGACCAUUCAACAGAUCGCAAUCCGUGUGAGAGAAGUCGGAGAAUUUCGAAUGAGGACGGGAGGCAACCAACACUAGCAAUGUGCAGUACUUCAUACUGCUGUGUCUUUAUUUCUGACUGAAUUUAGGAUGUGAAAAUAAUGUGAUGCAAAACCUGCAUUAACUAUGUAUUUGUGCUGAGAAAAAAGACAAUCCUAUUUUGUUGUAUUGGCCACAUGGAUUAUGGUUACAUGGAAUAUGUCUAUAGAAAGUUCAGCAGGAAACCAGAGAACGUUUUGAAAAUUGGAAAUACUUUCAAUGGCAUGAAAAAGGAUUUGUAGAAAAGUACAGACAGAAAGUAGGUUAUCGUGUUUGGAAUUAUUUGGUAGACUGAGCUCGACGAAUACCAGUCGCGUUUGAAAAUGUAUGGAAGAAUGUGGGGUGGUGUUAGAGAGGUCUUCUCACUUUCGGAGAAGAGCUCCUGUCAGCAGUGACAUGCCCUGGCUCUGACUAUCUGGAGUUCAUAUAUUCUUGCGGUUUUAUUAUGAGUUUCCUUCCACAUUCCAAAGACAUUCUCUUUAGGUGAAUUCAGACUCCACAUAUCUGAUUGUCAUGCUUGACAUUUUUCUCAGUUUGUGCACUGGUAACGAGCACGCAUGGGUGGCUGUUAUAGAUAGCCUUCUGAAAUCAAUGAAAUGUCACACUAACACAUAGUUAUGUGGCUAGAAAAAAAUGAGAUAGUCUCUAGAUAUGGAGAUUAAACUGUUCCGGAUACUGAGAAUGCUUUAAAACUUGUCAUACUAUGUGCUCUUUGAGUCCAACAGUACAUCCAUUCAUCCAUUUUCAUGAACCGUUUGUCCUGAUCAGGGUUACAGGGGUCCAGGGACUAUCUUGGAAUCACUUGGCAAGUGGGUGGGUGUUAAGGGUAAAUAUCUAUCUCCACUUAAUUCUGCUGGAAAUGAGAGCAUACAUGAAUGCAAACCCUUCUCAUGUUUUAGUUGCCACUGACCAGCUUGCAGUUUGCUUCCUUUGCAGUUGCCUUAUUUAAAAGUGUUUUUCAGGUAUCACUUUUCAGCAUCUUCAUCUAUCAAGCUUCUCUGCCUCUCCUUGACUUCUCUCACUCACACUUUAGAAGCUUAGGUGUUUUUUAGGCCUGUGCACAAUGUGCACCUUUUAAUUAAAGCUUUAUUCUGUAAGUACAUUACUACCAUGCAUUAAAAAUUUGUUUAAAAGUGAGUGGCAAAUGAGCAGCCAACAGGUUUGCACAACAGAAACAGAUAUUGAGCAGAGGCAGGUGUUACGAAGGGCUUGUGCUAGCUUGUCUCUCCAGACCGCUCAGUCUUCGACAGGCUGUUUGUGUUCCCACGGCUCGGUUCUACCUCUGACUCUAGUGCCAGUUCAUGCAGUGUUCACAGCUCCAUCAUUCACAUUGUUGUACAUAUGCAGCUUGAUUAGCAGUUUUCUUCAGGAUUAUUUAUAAGCCAAAGAUUUGCGUGUUUCUUAAAACCACACAUUAUGGAAUCUAAAAAAUGGAAGUGUGCUUUUACUUGCAUUUUGAGAGCUUCUUUUACAUGCUUCAAAAGCCACUGUGAGCCAAAUGUAGAGUAACUUAUGUUCAUAACUUUCAAGAGGUAAAAAUUAGACCCUUGUGCUUUCUUCACGAGUCUUUUAAAUUUUGCAUACAGCUCCACUGGUAUAACCGAAAG